CAUCAAUACAACAAUGUAAUCCGAGGUGUUUCCUAGCACCCGCUUCGGAGAUAGUGACAUGGGGCAAGACGAUGGAAAACUCGUGGACAAGAUCCAGUGUUUGACGGAUAUCGAACUCGCCGUCUUGCUUUGUCUUGUCACGGAGCAGCACUGCGUUAUUGAAGCGGAUGGGGCGGAGCUGGAUAGGGUGGAGAGGGAGUUGGAGCUGAUAGCCUCCUCAACAUUCGGUCUCACAUGCAUAUUCCUGGACUGCAACCCCUCGACGACUCUAGACGACUUCGGCAACGGCAUCCUCAUCGACCAUGAUGGAGACGACUACUACUCCAUUUCACCAACCGAAAAACCUAACAACAAUCACACAUCCACGGCUCGAGCAACUGAGAAACGUCCAUCGGGCAACGAGCCAGAACUCCAUGCCGGACUGGACCACAAGAAGAUUGCGAAUCUUGUCGUGGCGAAGAACCUGAACACUGCGGAUAACGAGGUCCAGGUCCAGGCUUUGGAGCUCAUAAGGAACAAACGCAACUUCACCCGUACAGCCGUCCACGCGGCGCCAAAGCCGUUUAUUUUCGUAGCAUUGCAGGCUACAGGAUCGCAACGGCUGAGUACGCAUUUGAACGACCACCUCUUCAUCUCCCACACGCACCUCCCCGAAGACGGCCUCCCCAAUCUAUACGACCUAGAAACUCGCCAAGGCCAACAACACCCCACCGGUACCCAUACCAACCACAACAACCAAGAAGAAGAAGAAGACAUUCAUCCCAGCGCCUCUACCUCCUCCAUCAUCAAGACGCUUUUACCAAACUCAAACUCAAACUCCAAAUCAGAAACCUCAUCGAAGAAGCCAAAAACGCACAACCCCAUCUUCUCCCCGGACGAAAUCAAAUACCUCGCCCAGCUCACUUCCGAAGUGACCAUGACGUCCGAGGUGCGUGCUUACUUGCACAACGUCGUCGUCUUCAUGCGGUUGCAUCGCGCCGUGGGUGGGGGGGUGUCGGCGCUGGCGACGAGGCAUUUUGAGGUGUUGAGUCGAGCCCUCGCCCCCCUCCACUCACUACCCUACACCACACCCGCCCUCGUCGCGCUCGCCGCCCGCAAGAUCUACACCCAUCGCAUCGUCAUCACGCCUCCGGAGCGGGAACGCAGUUUGCAGUGGGGCAGUUCGUUGGAGGCCGUCAAGGCGGUGCUGGAGGGCGUCACGCCGAGGGAUGUGGUCGAGGAGGUGCUUGAGAGUGUGGAGGUGCCUCUUUGAGGGGUUGUUAAUGUUAAAGUGGGGAUCGGGAUCGCGAUCGGGAUUGGACUGGGGUUGGGUUGCGUUGGAGGUUGGAGGUUGUAGGGUUUUGCCAUGAAGUCCAUACCCAUAUCAGACUGCGUGCGCGCUACGAUCAUCAAGGUGUUCCACUACUUGUUUCCUAAUCCCACAUUACUAUAGAAAUAUUUGUAGGUUGUAUCGUUGCCAUAAAGGCCGUACCCGGGUCCCAGACCGACUGGGUGAAGCGCGAC